UUAUGCCAAAUUCUAAUACAUAUAAAUGGAUUAGUGUGAGAGUAAAUGUUAGUGUUCGUGUGUGAAGUACAAAAAAAAGUUUCUUAUAAAGGCUACACAAUUCUUCAGCACAUCCAUUUGUUGUUGAGUUUAGACGCCAACAAGGAUCCAUCCAACGAUUAAAUACAUUUUUUUAUAUUUAAAUCAUUUUCGUUUUGUUGGCCGAUAAAGACACUCUAAACUGCCAAAAUGUGUGAUGAUGAUGCUGGUGCUUUAGUUAUUGACAACGGUUCGGGUAUGUGCAAAGCUGGCUUUGCUGGUGAUGACGCCCCCCGUGCUGUCUUCCCCUCCAUUGUUGGUCGCCCCCGUCAUCAAGGUGUGAUGGUCGGUAUGGGUCAAAAAGACUCCUAUGUUGGUGACGAGGCUCAGAGCAAACGUGGUAUUCUAACAUUGAAAUACCCCAUCGAACACGGUAUCAUCACCAAUUGGGAUGAUAUGGAAAAGAUUUGGCAUCACACCUUCUACAAUGAAUUGCGUGUGGCCCCCGAAGAACAUCCAGUAUUAUUGACUGAGGCCCCCUUGAAUCCCAAGGCCAAUCGUGAGAAGAUGACUCAAAUUAUGUUUGAGACCUUCAACUCGCCCGCUAUGUAUGUUGCCAUCCAGGCCGUGUUGUCUUUGUAUGCUUCCGGUCGUACCACUGGUAUUGUAUUGGACUCUGGUGAUGGUGUCUCUCACACAGUACCCAUCUAUGAAGGUUUCGCUUUGCCUCAUGCCAUUUUGCGUUUGGAUUUAGCUGGUCGCGAUUUGACCGACUACUUGAUGAAGAUCUUGACUGAACGUGGCUACUCCUUCACCACCACUGCUGAACGUGAAAUUGUUCGUGACAUUAAGGAAAAGUUGUGCUAUGUUGCUUUGGACUUUGAGCAGGAAAUGGCCACCGCUGCUGCCUCCACCUCUUUGGAAAAGUCCUAUGAAUUGCCCGAUGGUCAAGUCAUCACUAUUGGUAAUGAACGUUUCCGUUGCCCCGAAGCCCUCUUCCAACCCUCUUUCUUGGGCAUGGAAUCUUGCGGUAUUCACGAGACUGUCUACAACUCCAUCAUGAAGUGCGAUGUCGACAUCCGUAAGGACUUGUAUGCCAACUCUGUAUUGUCCGGUGGUACCACCAUGUACCCUGGUAUUGCUGAUCGUAUGCAAAAGGAAAUCACUGCCUUGGCUCCAUCCACCAUUAAGAUUAAGAUCAUUGCUCCACCUGAAAGAAAGUACUCCGUAUGGAUCGGUGGUUCUAUCUUGGCUUCUCUAUCCACCUUCCAACAGAUGUGGAUCUCGAAGCAAGAAUACGAUGAAUCUGGUCCUGGUAUUGUUCACCGCAAAUGCUUCUAAAUCUUUUCGCUGCAAAAGAUUUCGACAAGCUCUAGCCAAGAUCAGAACCUCCAAUUAUGUUUUAAAUACGACAUUCAACAAACACCAACAUCAACCACAACAGCACACAUCCACUUUAAUUUUUAGUUUUAUUAUAAAAAUCUAUUAACAAGAAAAAAAACCAAAAAAAGCACCAACAUCAGUAACAAACAAAUGAAAAACAACAAACUCUUUAUUACAUCAAACAAAUUAUUUCUCAUAUAUGAAGAGAAUUUCGAGUUAUGUUUUAAUUUCCUAUUUUGGAUUUUAAAUCAAAAUUACUUUUUCUCUUCUAUUGUGAAUGAUUUUUUGAUGUUUAAGUUUAUAAUAUGUUUUUUAAAUUCUCUCUUUUUAAUUAUAUUCAUACAAAAAUAAUGAAAUCUAAUUAAGAAUGAAUGGAUCAUCAUUGAAAUUAAUAAAAAUGAAAAUAAAAUUUUAAAUAAAUAAACAACUAAACAACCAAAAAA